UUCACCGGGUUAGCCAGGAUGGUCGAAGAGAGCAGUUUGAAAUGGGGUGCUGGUGCCUGAGGAAAAGCACAAGUUGAAGCGUGAGAGUGAGCUGAGAAGGUGAAGGAAAGUUCUGGAAGAGGUUAGGGGAUGGUAGUGGUGGUUGGAGGUCUAUGCCAGGUGAAAGAAUACCUUGCCAUGCCAGAUUCUAUGGUGUCCUUCUUCCAGCCCACCUCUCUCUGCUCCUGCCUUUUGCGCAACUCAUUCUGGGGUCCCUGUGUCUAGAAGCACCUUUUCUCUCCCUACCUAUGGGUUGUGAUGGUAAUAGAGCAGCCUGCGGGCUUCUUAGAGAUAUGGACCGGGCAAGACAGAAUUAUAGAUGCAGCUGUCUGAUGUGGGGUGGUCAGGAAGGGGAGGUGAAGAAAGGGUAGUCGUCCUGGGGGCUUCAAGCCAAAGAGUCCUUUCCCCGGUGGGGUAAGGUGGGGAAGUCUCCGACUUACUGGAAGACACAGUAGUCACUCUGAGCAUUGUCUUUCUUGAAAUUGAGCCAGCCACGUGCUAUCCAUUCCCUUACGUAGUGGAAACUCUCCUUGCAUUUACUCCCAAGUAAUCACCUCGGCCUUGUCACAUGCCUUUAGAUUUCAGAUUGAAAAUUCAAGAGAGCAUUUCAAAAUUAGAAAGUUUUAAAAAUCCAGGUGGGGAAAAUGGAUCUGACUAAACAGGAGAGAAAUUUCUUCCUCUUUCCCUAAUCUACAUGCUUCUGUGGAUAUAGAAAGGGGCACCCCCAGCCCCAGCAGGGGAGCCAGGCAUCCAUUUACUUAAGUAAAGUUGGCGGUGGUAAGGGGUUAGAAUAAAAUUCUCCGGAGAUGCAGAGAAGAAAUGAAUUCCAGCUGAGAGACCUGGCCGAUGCAUGGGAUUUGUCUUCAAGAUCCAGGCAGAGGGGAUGGCAGAUGCCAAAUUGCAGAAGUUGAAGAGGGCCUGGUUUGGUUGGUCUGUAAAGUAGGGCCACUUCCAGCAACCCAGUCUCCUGCCAUGUCCGACCCCAUCACGCUGAACGUUGGGGGGAAGCUCUAUACAACCUCAUUGGCAACUCUGACCAGCUUCCCGGACUCCAUGCUAGGCGCCAUGUUCAGCGGGAAGAUGCCCACCAAGAGGGACAGCCAGGGCAACUGCUUCAUUGACCGUGACGGCAAAGUGUUCCGCUAUAUCCUCAACUUCCUGCGGACCUCCCACCUUGACCUACCUGAGGACUUCCAGGAGAUGGGCCUGCUCCGCAGGGAGGCUGACUUCUACCAGGUGCAGCCCCUGAUUGAGGCUCUGCAGGAGAAGGAAGUGGAGCUCUCCAAGGCCGAGAAGAAUGCCAUGCUCAACAUCACACUGAACCAGCAUGUGCAGACGGUCCACUUCACUGUGCGCGAGGCGCCCCAGAUCUACAGCCUCUCCUCCUCCAGCAUGGAGGUCUUCAAUGCCAACAUCUUCAGCACCUCCUGCCUCUUCCUCAAACUCCUUGGCUCUAAGCUCUACUACUGCUCCAAUGGCAAUCUCUCCUCCAUCACCAGCCACUUGCAGGACCCCAACCACCUGACUCUGGACUGGGUGGCCAAUGUGGAGGGCCUGCCAGAGGAGGAGUACACCAAGCAGAACCUCAAGAGGCUCUGGGUGGUGCCUGCCAACAAGCAGAUCAACAGCUUCCAGGUCUUCGUGGAGGAGGUACUGAAAAUCGCUCUGAGCGAUGGCUUCUGCAUUGAUUCUUCUCACCCACAUGCUCUGGAUUUUAUGAACAAUAAGAUUAUUCGAUUAAUACGGUACAGGUAAAAGGACCCCAAUAGCAUUGGAGACGGGAAGUCCCAAGAAGCUCAUGUCAGCCAGGUCUUGGAGGGCAUCUCGCCAGUGGUGCGAGGCAGGGGACUGUACUAAUCUGUAUUAAUUGUGUAGCAGGACUUGAUUCCCCCCAUGAUGAAGUCCACCUUUUGGAAUCCAUUGUCCUCUGAACAGAACCACCUUUUUUCUUGCCAUUUUGAGCUGCAGAUGGGCUAUUGUGACAAGUGAAGAGUCAGCUGAUGUGUACUAAAGGAGGCCACAGGAGGAUUUUCCAGCCAGGACAAAGGAGUGGCAGCUUUCUCCUGGGCUCCACCCGUCUGUACCACUAGCCAGUGCCGUAUUUAUCCAUCUGCAAGAAGGCCCUGCUGGAGAGGAUGGGAUAAGAACAAGAGGCUACCUCCAGUUAACCAGGACAUAAAGUCCCCAGCAGUUCCUGUCACACCUGCUCCUCCCUCCCUAGGGUGCAUCCAUAAUUGUGGAUGUUUGCCCGGGGUGACCGUGUUUGGCUGGCUUGGAAUGCCAUGCAUUCUCAGAGCCCUGUUAGUGUCCCCUCCUGGGGGGCAGAGAUGAGGUGUGGCAAGGUCUAGAGGAAUGAGUGUCCAGGCAGGGUUCAGAAGGUAGGAAUGUGCCUCUUGAUGGGGCUGAAUCAAGGGAUUCCUGGCUUCAGAAAGGGUCUGCUAUCUCUGCAAAGAUGUGCAAGAGUCUGGAGCUAGUGUAAUGAAAGGCGCUUCCAAUUCCAGUCUGUUGCCUGACUUUUGUCAUUGUUUUCCCAAAAAUUUGAGGUAUCAUUGAAACAGGUCAUUUUAAACAAAUAUAUUAUGGAUUCUCAGGGUUAGAAAUAAUUCGAUGAUUGCUUAGUCUUCCCCCACCCCUAGAACACCCCAGCACAUCUGAGGAUGGGCGCUUCUCCCUGGGUACCAGCAAGUGAUCACCUUGGCCUGCUUGCGUACCUCAGCUCAUAGGUAGCGCGCCAUCCCCAAGGCAGCUCCUGCCAUGUUUGGACGGUGCUGUUAGACAGUUCUUCCCUAUAUUGAGCCAAAAUCUGUUCUGCCACUUGCUGGAUCUUGGUGGCAGACCUUCGCUUUCACCCAGUUACAUAUCUUUGCUUUCAAAAUAGUCACCUUGAGAGGCCAGAAAUUUUUCUGACAACAUUAUUACUCAGAAUUCAGAUUCCCCUCUGGGAUCUGUCUUCAGAAUCAAAGUUAGCUGUUUUCAGUCCCUGUAAGUCAGUCCCCUUUUGUUAUAGCUUCAUCUCGUUUGUAACCCCCACUUCACCCACCUUCCCCACAAGCUAUGGCUCCAUAUGCCUUUUGACCAUUUUCUGUUGGAAGAGGAAGAUUCGCGGCCCCUGAGGAGAUCCAGAGGAAAGAGACAGGGUCUCCAAGCGUGCUGCUCAGCAAGGAGCCCAGGAGUGGUGUGGACCAUAAUAGCGCCCUUAGGGUAAAUGUGCGGCCCUAAGACCCUGCCCUCAGGAAGGCGGCCUUCCCCUGCAGUCCUGUGUCCUACCCCUGGGUCUCUGUGGGGGGCCAUCCAGGGCAAGCAACCCAAGCACUGCUUCCCACCGGGUGAUGAGCUGUGCAGGCCUCCAAACUGCACGUCAUGAUUCAUCCCUAAAGUGAGUUUGGCCUUGAGAGUCCCAGGGUCCUCCCCCCUGGGCAGGGGUCCUCAGACAAAGCCAAGGAAGCCCGGUGACACGGGCACCCAUGGGAGAUGGGAGAUCUAUGGGAAGGGGCUUCCCAUAGAUAAGCCCUGUGAGUAGGGAGCUUGUACACUGGGCCAUGGGCAGAGCCAAUUCCCUUGAGCAGUAAAGGCCCUUUCCCCCCUACAGUGGGACCCAGGAGUCUCUCUGACAGCUUUUCUGCCAGACGCAGUGGCUCAUGCCUGUAAUCCCAACACUCGGGAGGCUGAGGCGGGAAGAUCACCUGAGGUCAGGAGUUCAAGGCCUGGCCAACAUAGUGAAACCCCACCUCUGCUAAAAAUACAAAAAGUAGCUGGGCAUGGUGGCAGGCGCCUAUAACCCCAGCUAUUUGGGAGGCUGAUGCAGGAGAAUCUCUUGAACCCAGAUAGCAGAGGUCGCAGUGAGCUGAGAGUGUGCCAUUGCACUCCAGCCUGGACGGCAGAAUGAGACUCCAUCCCAAAAACAAACAGCUGUCCCAGGCCAAGAGUAUUAGGGAAAGCCCCUCAUGGAGAACCCAGUUUAGACCAAGUAGCAAAAGCUGUGGUCACAACAAAACAAUGUGAGGAAGAAAUCUUACAAAUCACCACUGCCCUUUUUCCUUUUCCAUAAAACUGUCCAUCUUUUCGGUGCUCCCUAAUCCAAGCAGCUUGACUUUAGAGAAAUUGCAGAAGCAUUGAAGCCACUAACAUGCUGUGUGACUUUAUGUAAGUCACUCACCUCACUGAGCCACCUCCAUUUCUUCAUCUGUGAAAUGGGCAUAACAGUAAUACAUAACCCUACCUACCUCACAGGGCUGUUGUGAGGAUCAAAUGAAAUAAUGUACGUGAGAAUACAGUAUAAAUGAUAAAGGACUGUUA